AUGGACUCGCCCGAUGCUGAUUCCAUGGGCACGCCAACGCCGCCGUCUUCUUUCGAUUCCCCGACGAGAAAGAGAAAGCACCCUGGAGGGACCCCGCAACAUGUCCGGGAAUUUGGUUUGAUGAGAGAAACCGCCGAACAUGGCGCGGCUCGCUUUGUGGGGAGUAGCAGCGGGAUUCACUUUGUACGCGCCGUCUACCAGAGGCUGGCCAAAAGAUCAGCCUCGCGGACGUCUUUGACCGACUCCAACACCAACUUGAUUCCCGGAGAGGAUGAUCAGCUUCGCCGCGGAGCCAUUGAUGGUGCAACCACGCUGUGGAAGGACAACGAGAUCCAGCGUAAAGACUUGGAAGGUGGCGCAAGACCAAGUUUUGACCAGCUCGUCGAAUGGUCGAAAAGCUACUUUGAGUUCUGGCAUCCGGCGCUCCCCUUCCUCCACGGCCCCGACAUUCUUGAGAUAUUCGAGCGCAUUGAAUCGCAUGGGCUGGCUUGUCUGGACGAAGUGGACAAGUGCGUCUUGAAAUCGGUGCUCUCCAUCUCGCUCGCGGACAGCAGACACGCCUCUCAUCCAAUCCAGGCCAUCCCUGAAGACCUUGUCUUCAAUUCUGUACCGGACGCGGUUGCCUGCUCUCAAUUCGCUCUCAAUCAACCAGCUUCAGUGCGUGCGACACAAGCCGCGCUUGGAAUCCAGCUAUUCCUCACCUCGAUGCUCUGUCUCAACAGCGCCUCCCGUCUCGGCGGACUGAUUGUGCGAAUGGCUUACCACCUUGGGCUGCAUCGGUGCCCCACAAGAUACCCUUUCUUUACUGCUGAUGAAGCUGCUCUCCGACGCAGGGUAUUCUGGUGUAUGUACUGUUUGGAGCGCCUUCUGUGCCAGUCGCUUGGGCUUCCACUGGAUAUCCAAGAUGAUGACAUCGACGUCUGCUACCCUGGGGAGGAACGGCAUGUCACCAACAACCAACGGGAGUCAGAAGACCAGCACCUCAAGAUGCUCAAGUAUCUUGCGAAGCAAGCCCGGAUACGCGGUCUCAUCGUGGAGUUACGCAACAAGUGCUUGCACAGUCGACAGGACACAGCCGACCGCGCUACUGCUGUCCAAGCUGAAUUGGUCAAAUGGUCCAAUGAGAUACAGGACGUGGUAGAGGAAGCUGAAAGCGACAGCGACAGCGGUGGCAAUGAGGAUAGUAAUGGCACUGUGGCCAUUUCUCCGACUCAUCGGCUGCUCCUAUCGUUGCUCAAGUAUGAGUCUGUUCUCUGUCUCAACCGACCGAUGAUGGCGUCCAGUCCCGACUCGCUAGCAUAUCAGGUCGCGGUGCAGGCCUGCAUAUCCGCGGCAAGGUCGAUAUGCAUAUCGAUCAAGAAGCACCAAGGGACAGCUAGACACCAGCCCGAGCUCUCUCGGCCAAGUACAAUUACGGCGCUGCUGUGGCCAUCUCUGACAUGGGUCGUAUGGAUCAGCGCCUUUGUGCUGCUGCAUGCUGCUGUAGAGGACCAGGUACCACUUGAAAGCAAAAACAGGCAUGUACAAUCCUGCAAGGCAGCUCUUGCAUGGAUCGCUGCGCGGGAGACAUCAUGGCCGGAGUACUGCCUUGAGGCAAUCGAGGAGCUCGUGUCGACAGUUGAAGACAUCAUGAAUCCCCGAAGCACUGAUCAGUCCCCGCUCUCCCUCGCAGGAUCUACAAUUCGAAGACCUUCAGAGACCGCAGACCGUGCAACGCGUCGACUUACACUUGACAGGAGACGAAGCUCGCAAAGGCGGCGACGUGGCUCACAAUCUGAUUCGCAGAAUGAUCUCAGAACCCCUUACGCAGAUUCGGCAGCCUCGCCAGAUAUGUCUCGAACAAGGGAGGAGCAACACAACCUCGCGCCUCCUCGGAGUCAUGGACGUGGAGGUACAGCAACCGCAGUUAAUACUUUUCGACAAGCCGCACAUAGUGCGACAGCUUCCGAGGCAGGAUUUGCCCCACGGGGUGCUAAUGCGGCCGCAUCAGGCGAUGGGAGACUGUCUGCUGAACUCCCUGAUGGGAGGUUUGCCACCACACAGAGCACGGUUGUUCUGGACCCCUCAAGUUCUAUACCGCCAGCUUUCCCUGUUGAAGGACAGGAAUCGAUGAUGUGGUUCGACCAGCUGUUUGCAAGCACAUUCAGCGCCAUAGACAAUCCCUCUUUGGCAUUUGCGGAAUACGAUGCAUCGAUCGAUCCGAACUGGUCGUACCUUAGGUGA